AGGGAGAGAGGCAGGGGAUCCGGGGAAGGCGGCCUCGGAGGAACAAGCGGAGCCCGUCAAGGGGCCUUUGCUGUGCCAGGCGGGCAGUGCCAAAUCAGGGGAGCCCGGAGCUGGGGGGAGGGCUGGGGACAGCCCGGCCCUGCCCCCUCCCCGCGACGUGCCCAGCAACUUCGGAGAAAAGUUUGGCAUCAACUGCGUGGUGGUGCCUGAGGAUGGGCAGGGUUCCGCUGGCCUGGUGCUUGGCGCUGUGCUGCUGGGGCUCCGUGGUCCCCAAGGGAGCACAGGCCGAGGUCGGUGACCCCUUUGUGGAGAGUCCAGGGAACGUCACCGGUUCCCGGGGAAUUACAGUGGUCCUUCGGUGUGAGCUCAAGGUUCGGGGGGAACCCUCUGAGGUGAACUGGCUUCGGGAUGGACAGGUCUUGGAGCUGGCGGACAGCACUCAGAUCCAGGUGCCCCUGGGUGAAGACUGGCAAGAUGACUGGAAAGUGGUCAGCCAACUCAGCAUCUCCUCCCUGCAGCUUGUGGACGCAGGAUGGUACCAGUGUGCCGUGGACCUGCGAGGACAGAACUUUGUGUCCCAGCCGGGCUACGUAGGGCUGGAAGGCCUCCCCUACUUCCUGGAGGAGCCUGAAGACAGGACUGUGGCUGCCAACACACCCUUCAACUUGAGCUGCUGGGCACAGGGGCCACCAGAACCAGUGCGCCUACUCUGGCUCCAGGAUGCUAUGCCCCUGGCCCCAUCCCUGGGCCACAGCCCCCAGCACAACCUGCAAGUUCCAGGCCUGAACAAGACGUCUUCUUUCUCCUGUGAAGCCCACAAUGCCAAGGGGGUCACCACAUCCCGCACAGCCGCCAUCACAGUGCUCCCCCAGCGGCCCCGAGACCUCCACCUGGUUUCCAGCCAGCCCACGGAACUGGAGGUGGCUUGGUCCCCUGGCCUGAGUGGCAUCUACCCCCUCACUCACUGCACCUUACAGGCUGUGAUGUCGGACGAUGGGGUGGGCAGCUGGCUGGGAGAGCCAGACCCCCCGGAGGAGCCCCUCACCCUCCAAGCAUCUGUGCCCCCUCACCAGCUUCGGCUGGGCAGCCUCCAUCCUCACACCCCUUAUCACAUCCGGGUGUCGUGUGCCAGCAGCCAGGGCCCCUCGCCCUGGACACACUGGCUUCCUGUGGAAACACCGGAGGGAGUGCCCCUGGGCCCCCCUGAGAACAUUAGCGCCAUGCGGAACGGGAGCCAGGUCCUCGUGCGUUGGCAGGAGCCAAGGGCACCCCUGCAGGGCACCCUGUUAGGGUACCGGCUGGCUUAUCGAGGCCAAGACACCCCUGAGGUGCUAAUGGAUGUGAGGCUAACUCGAGAAGUGACCCUAGAACUGCGGGGGAAUGGGCCCGUGCCCAACCUGACUGUAUCUGUGGCAGCCUACACCGCAGCCGGCGAUGGGCCCUGGAGCCGCCCUGUGCCACUGGAGCCCUGGCGCCCAGGACAAGGACAGCCAGUCCACCAGCUGGUGAGCGAGCCCCCUGCUCCUGCCUUCUCGUGGCCCUGGUGGUAUGUACUGCUGGGAGCAGUUGUGGCCGCUGCCUGUGUCCUCAUCUUGGCCCUGUUCCUUGUCCACCGGAGGAAGAAGGAGACCCGCUAUGGGGAGGUGUUUGAACCAACAGUGGAAAGAGGUGAACUGGUAGUCAGGUACCACGUCCGCAAGUCCUACAGUCGCCGGACCACCGAAGCCACUUUGAACAGCCUGGGCAUCAGCGAAGAGCUGAAGGAAAAGCUGCGGGAUGUGAUGGUGGACCGGCACAAGGUGGCCCUGGGGAAGACACUGGGAGAAGGAGAGUUUGGAGCUGUGAUGGAGGGCCAGCUGAACCAGGACGAUUCCAUCCUCAAGGUCGCCGUGAAGACAAUGAAGAUUGCCAUCUGCACGAGAUCAGAGCUGGAAGACUUCCUGAGCGAAGCUGUCUGCAUGAAAGAAUUCGACCACCCCAACGUCAUGAGACUCAUCGGUGUCUGCUUCCAGGGUUCUGAAAGAGAGGGGUUCCCGGCACCAGUGGUCAUCUUACCGUUCAUGAAGCAUGGAGACCUACACAGUUUCCUCCUCUACUCCCGGCUCGGGGACCAGCCAGUGUUCCUGCCCACUCAGAUGCUGGUAAAGUUCAUGACAGACAUCGCCAGUGGCAUGGAGUACCUGAGUACUAAGAGAUUCAUACACCGGGACCUGGCUGCCAGGAACUGCAUGCUGAAUGAGAACAUGUCUGUAUGUGUGGCAGACUUUGGGCUGUCCAAGAAGAUCUACAAUGGGGACUACUACCGCCAGGGUCGCAUCGCCAAGAUGCCAGUCAAGUGGAUCGCCAUUGAGAGUCUAGCUGACCGCGUCUACACCAGCAAGAGUGAUGUGUGGUCCUUCGGGGUGACGAUGUGGGAGAUAGCCACACGGGGCCAAACGCCAUACCCUGGAGUGGAGAACAGUGAGAUUUAUGACUACCUGCGCCAGGGGAACCGCCUGAAGCAGCCCAUAGACUGUCUGGAUGGCUUGUACAUCCUGAUGUCCCGCUGUUGGGAGUUGAACCCCCGAGACCGGCCAAGUUUUACAGAGCUGCGUGAAGACCUGGAGAAUACACUGAAGACCUUGCCCCCUGCCCGGGAGCCUGACGAAAUCCUCUAUGUGAACAUGGAUGAGGGCAGAGGUUAUCCUGAACCCCCUGGAGCUGCUGGAGGAGCUGACCCCCCAACCCAGCCUGACCCUAAGGAUUCCUGUAGCUGUCUCACUGCAGCGGAGGUCCAUCCUGCUGGACGCUAUGUCCUUUGCCCUUCUACAGCCCCUGCCCCCACUCUGCCUGGAGACAGGGGCUUCCCAGCACCCCCACCAGGGCAGGAGGAUGGAGCCUGAGACAACCUUCCACCUGGGACUCCCUCUCAGGAUCCAAGCUAGGCACUGCCACGGGGGAAACCUCACCCUCCAACUUUCCCACUCCAGGCCUACCCUUCCCACCUCCAUCCCAGACAAAACCUUCCCUUUCUCUUCAUCACAGCAUCCUCCUCCAAAAAAAGAAGUUGCUGCACCGAGCAUGGUGGCACAGACCUUGUAAUCCUAGCACUCAAGAGACUGAGGCAGAAGGAUCGCUAAGUUCAAGCCCAGUCUGGGUUAUAUAGCGAGACUCUGUCCCAAAACAAAGACAUGAUUGGAGUGCAAUCGCUAACAGUCCUCCCAGAUCUGACAUUCAGAAAUUCUACAUUGUGGGGCAGGAUUGUAACUCAGUGGCACCUCACCUACCUGGUAAGCCCAAGGUCCUGAGUUCUUCUCCAGUACCAAAAAAAGAAAAAAACAAAACAAAAAACUAAAUUGUAAGGCCUAAACAGUCUAUAUCAAAAGUUCUAGGUCUCCAAGUUGCUGUGCAUCUUUUGUUCUAAGGACCUGAAAUUCCAGUCUCUAGUUCUAAAGUGCUGUGUUUCUUUUCUUAAGAAAGUGUCUUACCUAUGUUACCCAGCACUAGCCUGGAAUUCCUGGGCUAAUGUGACCUUCCCACCUCAGCCUCCCAAGUAGCUGGGAAUACAGGUGUGCUAAGAUUCUUGAUAAGGGCCCAAGAUUCUAGGUUUAAAGCUAAAAAUUCUAGUUCUAGGAUUUAAGACUCUGAGUAUAGAUUUUAUUGUUCUAGAGUUCUGAGUUCUUUGAGCAUAAGACUCUAGAUUCUACAAUUCUAAAGAUUCUAUAAUUCUAGACAUGGAGGUUCUAAAGCUUACUGUUCUAAAAUGUGAUGGUCAAAGGCUUUGGGUAUAGCUAUCCUGGUUGUAAGAAAUUGCAUCCUACACCUUCAAGUUUUCAUUUUCUCAAAUUCUAAGAUUCUAAUGAUGGUCAGUUGUAGUUUCUGAGGAUCUCUGAUCAUAGAUUCUUUCGUAUGAGAUCCUGGAUCUGAAAGGUCUAAGAUUCUACAAUCUGCAAUUGAAAAGUUGUAAGAUUCUAAAGAUGGAGAUUCCAAGAUCUAAUGUUCUAAGAUGUUUAUUCUAAAACUUAAUCCAAGAACCUAGAUUCUCUAAAAUUCUAGGUCAUAUGUCCCAAGAUUCUACAUUAUUAAGCUCUCAGAUUCUAAAGUUGGCCCGUUUAAUGUUUGAAGGCACCGUAAGAUUCCACUGACCGAAGAUUCUGAUCCCAAGCAACUAAUAAGACUCUCACAACUGUGACUAAUUAGACACCAAAAUUCUAAUCAUUUCUAAUGUAGGACGCCUAAAUUCUAUGCUGUACUCUGUGAUUCUAGGAUUAUAAUUAAAGUUCCAAGAAUAUACAUUUCUAACAUCUUAAGGUUCUAGGCACUAUACAGUUAAGAUUCACAUGUUCUAAAUUUCUAAGAUUCUACUUGUCUAGAACAGUAGGUACGAUUCCAAGUUUCUAACCCAAAAGUUAGGACAGGUUACCUGCUUAGCCAUCUGUGCUUCCAUCUCCCCUCAUAUGGCCCCCCCCAAGCCUGUGCAAUGCAAUUAGGGAUGCUUCUUUCCCCCCCGCCAGGGAAUGGACCAUCUCCCUCCUUUGGGCCAUGCUGCCCUCUUGAGCCAGUCCCUCACCCUCCCUGUACAGAAUGUGGACUCUGGUGCCUCUAGAGGGGCUCCGGUCACAUAAAAUUUUGUCAAUCAC